UCUGCUGCAGCGGCUUCGGACGAAACGAUGACAGCAUUCGCCGAAGUAGUUGGCAUUGCGGCGGGCGUGAUAAUCUUUAGAGAAGGGUGUUCCUUUAUUGCUUUCCGAUGUUCGACCAGGAGCUUCACCAGCGCAGCUUUCCUUCGGCCAGUGGGAACGUCUCGUACGCCCAUGUGAUGGAGCUGCGUUUUGAUUUCUUUGACUGUCAAUCGCUCCGGGCCACUCUCAUCUAGUCUAGUUUCGACCGACUCGCGGGCACAAUGAGAGUUGAAUGGUUCGCAAUCUUUGUUCGUAGAGCGCUUGCCUCUGGGCUUCUUUGAAUCUUCUAUUGCUGUUUGCUUGGGCUGGCAGGUGGGACAAGCGUAACAAGUGCGACCGGCAAUAUCCCACACUUGAAUUCGUGACUUGCAUCGUGGACAGUGGCUGGUAUUGUAAAUGUAACGUCUCAAUUUGGGUUUCCCCAGACGUCUGGCCUCCUCUGGAUCCACUGUUAGGAUGCUCCCAGUUUGGUAUCCUCGCUGUAGUAGAGUGACCGUGUGUUGCCAAAUUUGAUCAAAGUUGGAUCGUUGCAAAGCCAUACCAGGAAUGUCGGGGUGGACGCCCGCCUUGAAGAGAAUUUCGGCUCUAUAGAUAUUGCCAGGUCCUGUGAAAUAGGACUGGUCCAUUAUCACUGCCCCAAUGGACGUUUUGCUUUUCUUCACCUUAGUCCAGAGCAAUUCAGGGUCUGCGUCUUCCCGCAAUGGGUCCUGACCCAGUUUGGCCUUUUUUGUCACGUAGAGAUCCAUUCCCAAACCAUAGUUGACUGUCAUUGCCGAUAGAUCUGCUGUCAACGGUUAGGAAGUGUGCUCUAAUCGUAAUCGAUUGGUAGAAGUCGGCUCGGGUACUUGCUGCUCUCCUUGAUAAACUGCCCAGCUGCCAGCCAUACCAAAAUGAACGUGCACCACCACAUCACUGUCAUUGUCCUUUGCAACAGCAUCUCGGAAGAAAGCAAACAGGUUCUUGCCAACUGCCUCAAUUCGAUAGAAGACCUUCCCGUCAAUGGCUUUUGCGCCAUUGAUAAAACGACCGUUCGGGCUGCUCGCUUGGAAGGCCUUGCCUACCAGCCUUUCCCGGUGCCAUUUAGCCACACGAUGAACACUGUGUCCUUCCACCAUGGGUUUCUAAAUAACACACACUGUACGGUAUUAUGCCUGACCGCAACUCCGGCGAGAUCUGUCGCUUUGCAGGUAUACCGUACCGUACGGUACAUGUACCAUACCAUGCAAUUUCAUCGCCAACUCAGCGCAACCACUCCGCCGCCAAGAAACUGUCAGAAAGAAGGUUGUUGAGGAUUGUGACUGACAUUCGUGACUCCAUCGGAGCAAGUUUCAUGCCAACAGACCCUUGUCCCCCCUCACAAGCAUCAAGAGAUUGCUGUUGUAUCGUCACGCCUUCUUCUUUUCUCAGGCUACCGGCACCUCCUGGCAAAGAAAGUUCUUGCUUACUGCCUCAAACUAGGAUGGAAAAUAGCUGGAUGCGCAAACGGAAGCGAAGCAGGAAAGGACAAGAACCGAGCCAAGUCCUGUACCGGUACCGGUACCUGUAUUGCUCAGGUUCCGUGACAAUCCAUGGAAUGAACACCACCAGUCGACUUCAAUGAAUCGACCAGGAAUUGCUUCCUCCCUCAAGACAAGAUUACGCCUGUCAGCGUACGCCUAACCGGAUUGCUGUUGCCUAUAGCAGUAAAGGUGCAUCUUGCGAUCUUAUACGAUCUCCCUGGAUUCGGAAUUGAACGGCAGCAUCUUGGCUCGGAUGCACAUGAAUGAUAUCAAGUCGAACCAGCAAGAAGUCUGGUCCAACAAACAGUCCAAGAUAGGUGGGAGGUACAGACAGCCAACUCGACGCUACCGUACUACGUGUAACCUUUGAAGCAAGCCAGUACGGGUUGUUGGUGCUCGCCAGUUCAAGGAUGGACUCUUAUGGACAGACACCCUGCGCUGUGCCGGGGCCUUUCAAGUGUGCAUCUUGCGGUAACAACAGCAACACCUUGUAUGGGUCCAACACUGUUGUUGUGUAGCUAGUACAUGGUGCGUGUGUCAAUGUGUAAUCAUUGCUUUGCUAAAGGUAGUGCUUUGACCUAGCCCUGUAGAGCACUCGCAAAUCUAAUCAUCAGAUCCAAAAAACAACUACCGACAAGCUAAAAACGAAACUACACAAUCCACCAAACAUGAAGAUCAUCUCUGCCACUUCUCUCUGUCUUCUUACGUUUGUUGCCGUUGCCCAUGGUGGCGACAGCAGUAACCUUCGCAGCAGUGGAAUCUGCUGAUUCCGGCCGUCUGACCGUCCACCGUCAACCGGAAUCUAGCCUCCACUCAUCUACAGAUCCAGAGACAACAAAGUAGCUUUUCCUCAUAAUCUUAUAACAUCAUUCGUAAUACAUCUAUCGCUACCUUUAGUCUCUUCAACAGAUGUUAUAAGACCCUUCUAUACAACCGAUACCACCACCGAUCCGCUACACUGAUCGACCGGCACGACGCACCUCUAUCGAUCGAACGGCACGAAGCACCUCUAUCGAACGAACGGCACGACGCACCUCUAUCGCUCGACGAAACGAACCUCUAUCCUCGAACGAACCUCUAUCCUCGAACCUCUAUCGCUCGACGAACGGAACACCACACCUCUAUCCUCGAACGAACGCACCUCUAUCGACGAACGGCACCUCUAUCGACGAACGCACCUCUAUCGACGAACGAACCUCUAUCUUCGAAACGAACCUCUAUCCUCGAACGAACCUCUAUCCUCGAACGGAACGACACUGAUACCGAACUGAUACCGCUACCAGCUGAUACCGCUACUAGCCAACAAACACCAACACCAACCUACAAUACCACUACCCACAUAUACACCACCUAGACACACAGGCCUUAAACGUCCGACAAAGGGAACUAAAUAUACCCGUGUCGCCCAACUUCAAAUCCAAUUCUACCCUCUCCUACAAUGACUACCACUACACCAACUGAGGCAAUGCCACACCCCAUCCUCACACCAAUCAUUGGCAAACCUGACCAGAGGAAGCUAUCCCUCCUCAUCUCUCAGGUUCUUGCAAACACCAGAGCUAUCUCCAGUGAGGACGGUGAUGGCAGAUUAGGCCACGCCUACAUCAUUCUUGGCCAGGCAGCCUACACUGCAGCAUCCCAAGGCAACGUUGCAUUCGUCGUCCCGAUCAAACCAAUCAAACCCGUACAUGCUGCCAACGCCACCCAAGCACUCAUGUACCGCCACGACCAAACCUACAAAAAUGAACUGGAUGCAUGGAAAUUAUACCACAAAACAGAGGCCCAGAUCCUCCAGCAGAUUUUGGACGCCGUUAACGAUACUUACACAAAGGCCCUCAAAGAUCGCAUGUGGGGAUACGGCAACACCAGCCCAUUUGACAUCAUUACCCAUCUAGUAACCACAUACGGUAAAAUCACUGAGACUGAUCUCCUUGCCAAUCGUGAACUCCUCACCCAGCCUUGGACUCCACCCACAGACAUUGAGGAACUCUUCGAUAAUAUUGACACCUGCAUCGCUUUCUCAGUAGAAGGCGGAGAUGUCAUUAGUGACCGCAACGCUGUCAGCGCCGGAAUAGCCACUCUACAAGCCACGGGCCUAUUCAUUCAUCCCAUCCGAGAAUGGAACAAGCGUACACCAGAAAACCGCACCCUCACCCACUUCAAAGAAUUCUUUCGUGAUGCCGAAAAUGUCCGCCAGACCGAAACCACUGUCAGCGCCGCAGGCUACCACCAACGAGCAACGCAACUAUCACGGACACCCAAACAGUUACCACCGGGACUUCUACGCUCACCCAGCCACAACUGAUCGACAUACGCCACGAGUCACCAGGAUCGUCAAGAG